UCUUGAAUCAAGCAACUGGGUAGAACUGGCUGAGUUAAUGAAUGCAAAUUUUGAUCUGAGGAGAGCCAUUUACACUGAUGCAUGUUUGGGCCAAGGAAACUUAAAAAUGGUGGAAAUUGCCAGAAAGCACGGAUCAGCAGUUAAACUUCCAGGUAGCGGAGGAGCAGUCAUUGGCCUCUGUCCAGACCCUGAGAAACUGGUCAUCUUGAAGGAGGCUUUCCAGGAAGCUGGAUGUGUUUUCUGCCACAUUGUGCCUUAUGAUUCCUCAUCUGGUACUGUUUGAAGAAGAGGCUGUGUUCCAGCAAAACACACAGCCUUUUACAAAACAGACUAUUGUCAAAAAAAUUGUAGUACUGUUGAACCUUUCAUAAAAUAUAAGCAUUUGUUCAUUGUAAGGUACUAUUGUUUUUGGUACACUAUAUGCAAGGAAUUAACACGCACACACACACAUACACACACACACACA